ACCAAUCCCUAUACUCUCCCCCAAGAAAAAAGCAACCUUUGAUUUCUCAAACAUCAAAAACCCCCCAAAACUUGUUUAUCCCAAAUCAAAUCCCCAAUUUUCAAUCUAGGGUUUCUCCCCGGAUCAACCUCUAUCCUCAUCCGCCAAUUCCCAUCUUCCAGUUUGGUUUUUUAGGUGAAAGGUUUGAUUUUUUAUUGGAUUGGAUUGGAUUGGGGGAUAGGAGAUGGGGGCAUUCAUGACCAAGUUUUGGUUCAUGUUGUUUCCUGCAAAGGAGUAUAAGAUUGUGGUGGUUGGGUUGGACAAUGCUGGGAAGACAACUACCCUUUACAAAUUGCACUUGGGAGAGGUUGUCACUACGAACCCGACUGUGGGCAGCAAUGUCGAAGAGCUCGUCUACAAGAACAUUCGCUUUGAGGUCUGGGAUCUCGGUGGACAAGAUAGACUGAGGACUUCAUGGGCAACAUAUUAUCGUGGAACUCAUGCCAUCAUUGUGGUAAUAGACAGCACAGACAGGGCCAGAAUUUCUAUUAUGAAGGACGAACUCUUCAGGUUGCUUGGACAUGAGGAUCUUCAACAUUCAGUUGUACUGGUUUUUGCUAAUAAGCAAGAUCUCAAGGAUGCCAUGACCCCAGCUGAGAUCACUGACACUCUAUCUCUUCACAGCAUUAAGAAUCAUGACUGGCACAUCCAAGCCUGCUGUGCCCUCAAUGGGGAUGGGUUGUAUGAUGGUCUAGGCUGGAUCGCCUCACGAGUGACAGGCAAAACACCCAGUUAAAGAAUGUCUAAUCUGAACAUGAUUUUUCAUAUAUGAAAUUUCAAGGC